AGUCAGUGUACAUGUUGCUAGGCAACGAGAGGCCAUCCGAACGACGGUGUUUUCACGCGAAUUCCGCUCAUACAAGGACAAAACUACCUAAAAGUGCGUCAGUUUGCAUCUAAUGCUAGCUAGCUACUUCUAAAGUCGACUAUUAGUUUGUGAUUAGUGCACACUGACAAUGCCGUUCAGCGCCGAGGCCAUUAAGCCGCCCCUUCAUGACCAAAUAACAGAACUGCAGAGGAAAAUUCAACUUCUUGAGGGCGACAGACGUGCAUACUAUGAAAUGUCUCAGUCAAGCAUCAAGAAAAACAGGAAUGCUAUCCUUCAGCUGAGGCAGGAGAACAAGAGACUACACAAGAAGUUGGCUAACGCUCUUGCUGGGGACGAGCAGGUGAUAAAGGAGGCCUUCCAAAGCAGAGGCAUGGAGAAAGCUGCCUUCAGAAACAUGUCAGGGAAGGUGGGGACAUCGCAAACACAUAGCUAUGCUGCUCUCAAGGUGCUGGACCAGAAGGUGUGUGACAAGAUGAAGAAGCUGAACGCUCUAAAGCACACCACCCAGACGUACCGUCGUCGCCUGGAGGACCUACAGACACUGUACCAGAGUAUGAAGCUAGAGAACAGGGGACCAGAGAGAGACACGGAGAGACGCAGCGAGGAGGCCAAGAGUGAAGGAGAGGCGGCUGAGGAGCAUCCCCAAAAGAACUUGCGGGUGCUGGAGAAUCGUCUGGAGAAAGCCCAGCUGAAGUGCCAGGAGGCUGAACACAUCAUGAGAGGCUAUCUGAAACUAAAGGCCCACCUACAGGAGGAGAGCCUGACCUUCCAGUCCCAGCUGGAUAAACUAGAGGCUGAGAUCCUGAGACAGAGACAGGAGCUGAAGGACCUGCAGGUCCUGAACAGUGACGCACUCCUCUCCAAAGACACUGCCAAGGCAGAGCUGCAGCGUCAAGAAGAACAGAUGUAUAGGGAGAGGAAGGACAGAGAGUGUAUCCUCACCCGUUACAAGAAAGAGGCAGAGGACCGUAAGGCUCAGGCUGAGAGAGUGGAGAGAAGGGCCCAGCGGGCAGCCAUGCAGCCUGACGAGCUGAGUAGCGACGCCCAGCGCAGUGCCACCGGGCUGGGGGAGGAGGAGAGGACCAUCUCCACCUUCGAAGAGGCCUUCAGACGCAUCAAGGAGGCCACGGGGGUCACUGACACACGGGAGGUGGUGGAGAGGUUCAUCUCCCAGGGAGACACCCAGCAGCACCUGGAGGAUCUGAAGAAGGAGAACCAGAGAACCCUGCUACAGCUGAAGGAGGACAGGGACCGCCUGCAGGAACACUUCCAGGACAUCAAGUACUCCGGGGAGACCAAGCUCUCCAGUGGUCAGCAGAUGCUGGAGGACUGUAAGCGCCACCUGCAGGCGGAGCAGGGGAGCCGCGACGCCGCCAAGGAGCGUCUGGAUUGGCUGACCCGUACCCUGAACACGGUCCGGGCCGGGGUGGAACACCUAUCUGACAAACUGCAGCACAUCAAGCUGGGUGACCGACUGGAGCCCCAGCUGCCCCCCGGCUCAGAGGAGUACGUGGUGGAACUGCUGUCCCAGUCAGAGCAGAAGCUGCUGUUAUUGCAGGAGGAGCUCCAGGGGAAGGACCUGGCCGCCAUCAUGAAGGAGAUGGAGGAAGAGGAGUUCCAUGCCAGCAUCGAGGGGAAGCUGCCCCAUUGCAACACCCGCAUCAAGCUGCCUGAGGCUCAGAGACAGGACCCAUAUGAUGAAGAGGAGGAGAGCGGGGACGAUGAGGGUGACAUUAUCACCAGGGCGAUACUGAAGCACCAGUCUCAGCUCAUCAUUGACUCCAAGACUAAGAGGAAGACCAGGACCAAGAAGAAAAAGGGCAAGCUCUGAUCCUAGAUCAGUUAGGCUGGCUAGAGGUCACAAGAGCCAUAGAAAUAUAAUUGCUAGAAUGGGGAGUUUGUGUUUAGUGUGAGGUCAUAGGUCAUAUUUGUGCCCUGGAUUGAGUGAAAAUACUUUUGCUUAGAUGGCAUAGGGGACUUGAGUGAAAUCUUACUCCUCACAUAUAAUUAUUCAGUUAGCUAAAUAAUUAUAUUCCUUAUUAACUAAUGGAAUGCACAGUAAAUGUAUAUUGUAUAUUUGGGAUGAUACUGUAGCUAGGGGAACGUUGUGGUGGCAGAUCAUAUAGUACCUUGCAGUCAUCACAUUAGCUACUUUAUGAAUGCAAGACUUGAUUUUAUCACAAAGCAGUUCAACACAAAAUAAUUUCCCACUUGCACUACUGAUUUGUAGAUUAUAAAAUUGUAAUCAAAAUAGGAAUGAAAAUCAAUAAAAAGCUUGAUUUGAAGAAUUACUCAAUUACUCAAGGUAAUAUUGCUCUAAUGCAGGGGUGUCAAACACACAGCCUGUGGGAUGUUUUUUGUUGUUGUAUAAUAUAUAUAUUUUUGAAUCUGCAUUGAAAUGACUUAAAUAUUGAAACUGUGUAGGAAUCAGGGCUUGACAUGAACCUUUUUAGCCUUUGGACAAGUAGGACAGAUUUUUUACUUGUUUACCAAAGUCACUUGUCCCCCCCAAAAAAGGUCUGUAUCACAAGCCAAAAGGGUGAGUGAAAAUGAGUGAAGUACACAUAUCCGUGGGAAUUAGGGGUGUUGAGGGUGCAGCAUCACCCCCUAAUAAAUCACUUUAUUCAUAAAUGAGUGAUUAAAUUAGUGUACAAGGCCUUUGAUUAAUGCUGUAUGAUUACUCCUGUAUGAUUACUCCUCUUUGAUUACUGCUGUAUGAUUACUCCUCUUUGAUUACUCCUGUAUGAUUACUGCUGUAUGAUUACUCCUGUAUGAUUACUCCUGUAUGGAUUACUCCUGUAUGAUUACUCCUGUAUGAUUACUCCUGUAUGAUUACUCCUGUAUGAUUACUGCUGUAUGAUUACUGCUGUAUGAUUACUCCUGUAUGAUUACUCCUGUAUGAUUACUCCUGUAUGAUUACUGCUGUAUGAUUACUCCUGUAUGAUUACUGCUGUAUGAUUACUCCUGUAUGAUUACUGCUGUAUGGUUACUCCUCUUUAAUUACUCCUCUUUGAUUACUCCUGUAUGAUUACUGCUGUAUGAUAUUCAAGACAGAUACAGUUAAAAAAAGAUUCUGAUCGGAUAUUUUGCGCUGCUUUGGUGAGACUCUUAGCUGUCUACAUUGUCCUCUUGCUUCUUGUAAAUAUAACAUUUAUUGAAAUAGGCUAUAGCAAAUAGGAAUAUAGGCAAUUUACUACCCUGCUUUCUGAUCCAAUUCUGAUCCGAGUAAUUGUUUGAUAUUGUGAUUUUUUUGACUGAAAUCUAUAUAUUCUGGUUAUCCGGUUUUUUAAAACUUGCACCAGGCAAGUGUACAAACCUUAAGGUUGAGCCUUGGAAAUGAUAAUGGCCCUACAUCUACAGUCUCUUCACUCUGCCCAGAUUCAUAACCGUCAUCGGAACGAAAGCUAGACAGCAUGGGGAAAUUCCAAAAGCAAUGGAUAGAGAUUUUUGCUAAUUUUGACAGCGAGGAAACAUAAUCAAUCUAAAGUGAGGCCCUAUUGACCUCGGGGAAGACUGAAUGCGGCACUCUUGCUCUAAUUUUGUACAGGGUUUCCCAACUGCCGGCCCGCGGGUCCUCAAUUUAUUUGUAAAUAUGUUCCGAUCCCCUGACCAUCCACUCAAGAAAAAAUCGUCCUGCGGCUGAAUCUAGUUGAUGAUCCCUGAUUUAGUAGAAUAUACAAUAUAAAAAACUGUUGAAUUAGUCAUGCUAUGCUUCAUUUCCCUAUUUCUCCGUAAAGCUGGUAAAAGAAACUCCAUUUAUAACAGGCCAUGUUGUUACAACAGAAAUGUUAUACGGCAUCUUGUUGGCACAACAGAUAUUCUUUCUAUUUUGUACUGCUUGUAUUUACUUCCUCUGUUUUACCAAGAAAAACUGGGCUGUUCUCAGAUCUGUUUGUACUGUCUUGCCAAAUCAUAUGGUCAUUGUCAUGCCAAACAUGGUAGCCUACCCACGAAAACAUUUUCUUCACUAUUACUCACACCUGGGUCUCUGGAGUGGCCCAGCGGUCUAAGAGACUGCAUCUCAGUGCAAGAGGCGUCACAGCAAAUCCCUCGUUCAAAUGCAGGCUGCAUCACAUCCGGCCGUGAUAGGGAGUCCCAUAGGGUGGCGUCCGAUUUUGGGCGGGGUAGGCAGGCAUUGUAAAUAAUAAUUUGUUCUUAACUGACUUGCCUGGUUAUAUAAAUAAUAUUCUGGCUUCA